AUGGAUGCCACAACGCCAUUGAUUACUGCUGAUAAUCUCCUACAUGGGAGAAGAAGUGGACCAACAUUAUCUACUUACGCUGCCUUUAAAGUUGAUUUACACUACGUUUUAUUUUCCUCACCACUGAAUGUGCUUUUGCUAUUUGUUCCAUUGGGUAUAGUAUGGGGUUAUUUUGAACUUUCUCAUACCUGGACUUUUGUCUUUAAUUUCUUGGCCAUUAUUCCUUUAGCUGCUAUUCUAGCAUAUGCCACUGAAGAAUUAGCGGAAAAGGCAGGUAGUACUGUUGGUGGUUUGUUAAAUGCUACAUUUGGCAAUGCUGUAGAAUUAAUCGUUUCUGUCAUUGCUUUGAGAGAAGGUCAAGUAAGAAUUGUCCAAGCCUCUAUGCUAGGUAGUUUGUUAUCUAACUUGCUAUUAGUACUAGGGUUUUGUUUUCUCUUUGGUGGCUGGAAUAGAAUUCAACAAACGUUCAACCAAACUGCUGCUCAGACUAUGUCCUCAUUACUUGCUAUCUCAUGUGCAUCUUUGUUGAUUCCAGCUGCAUUUAAGGCUACAUUACCAACAGGUAAAGAAGAUAGUUUAAUUGAUGAAAAAAUCCUGGAGUUGAGUAGAGGUACUUCGAUUAUUUUAUUGAUUGUAUAUGUGUUAUUUUUAUACUUCCAAUUAGGUUCUCACCAUGCUUUAUUUGAAGAACAAAUGGAAGAGACGGAGGAAGUACUAAGUCAAAUAUCAACCAAACCGCCUCAUUCUUUAACCAUCAGAUCAUCAAUGUCGUUUUUACUAGGUGCCACUAUCAUGGUCUCUGUAUGCGCGGAUUAUCUAGUUGGCACUAUUGAUGGUAUUGUAGAGUCUACCGGUCUUUCCAAGACAUUUAUUGGUUUGAUCUUGAUUCCUAUAGUAGGUAAUGCUGCAGAACAUGUUACCUCUGUGAUGGUUGCUCUAAAGGAUAAGAUGGAUCUUGCUUUAGGGGUUGCUAUUGGAUCAUCUUUACAAAUAGCUUUGUUUGUUACACCAUUCAUGGUUCUAGUGGGUUGGGCUAUCGAUGUCCCAAUGACCUUAAAUUUUUCCACCUUUGAAACUGCCAUUCUAUUCGUUUCAAUAUUAUUAUCCAAUUACUUGAUUCUAGAUGGUGAAUCAAACUGGAUGGAAGGUGUGAUGUCCUUGGCAAUGUACACUUUAAUUGCCUUGGCUUUUUACUACUACCCGGAUGUCGAUACUUUCGGUGUUUAA